AUGAAGCUGGACGCCAUCCCGCCAGAGCUGGUUCACAACAUUGCCGAUUUCCUUGACCGGCAGAGCGAAAUCAACGCCCUGGCCAGAUGCAACGGCCGCCUCUACGCCAUCACCAACCCCUAUCUAUACCGCAAAAAUGCCAAAUUCUUCCACAGUGAUGCCCUUGCGUGGGCUGCCAAGACGGGAAACAUAGAAACGGCAAAGAAGGCUCUGCAAUACGGAGCUGACCCUAAUGCAUCCCAAAAGGGCGAGUAUGUUCCCCUUAGAUGGGCUGUAUCACAGGGCCAUCGAGAUAUCGUCAGGCUGCUGAUCGACGGAGCAGACGCGAAUGCUCUAGGAUAUCUAGGCAAGACGCCUCUCCUGUUCGCUGCACAAGAAGGUAACGAGAGCACUUUCGAACUGCUCUUAGAGCGAGGGGCGGAUCCUUUUGCCAAGCAAGAUGCCGUUCAGCUCUUCACCCAGCGAGGUGUCAGAAUCGACUACACAGACAGAGAGGGCCGAACGGCGCUCUCGUGGGCUGCUCGCAAAGGACAUCACGAGCUGGUCCAGUAUCUUCUCAAAAACGGCGCUUCUGUGGAUGCAGGCGACAUCUGGGGCCACACACCGGCGAUACAUGCGGCUAUGACGGGCAUGACGCCCAUCGUGGAGACGUUAUUGGAGAGCGGCGUUGAUAUCGAGUGUAAGGCUGGUGAUAAACGGACCAUGCUGUCAUGGGCUGCCGUCAACGGCCACGUCAAGACGGCCGAGUUCUUGAUCGAGAGGGGCGCUGACAUGGAGGCGCUGGACAAGGACGGGCGAUCACCGCUUGUGCUUGUUGCCAAUGCCGGAUCGGAGAACAUGGCUAGUCUUCUCAUUGAAAAGGGCGCAAAUGUGAACUCGCACUAUGGUCGGGGGUCGCCGCUUUCGCUUGCCGCAGCCCGUGGGCAUGUUCGAAUGGUC